AUGGUAUCCUGGAUGCAACUGGCUCUGCAGUUUCUGUGUUUGUUUUUUUACAGAAUUCACUAUACCAAGGCUGGUUGUGACGACUACUUUAAAACUAUCAAUGAGUUUGAUCCAACGAUUAAUCUGGAUAACUUUACAGAAAGAUUUAAACUUGUGAAUGCUUCAAGUUUAAAGGAGAUGAUGAUUUGCACUUUAGAAAAAGGAAAAAAAAUUCAGAGAAAUGAGAGAAUGGGUCAUCUGUUACAUCACUGCAUAGAGAACUACAAAGAGAGUGACUUUGGCUGUGGAGAUGAGCUCCCAGAAUAUGUGUCCUUUUUGGACUUCAUGUGCUUGUUCAGCAAGGCUUUUAAUAAAACCAUGAAUGUUUGUUCACAUGAAAUUGUUGUCAAGUUGUAUUGCAGGUUCGCUGCACAGCAAGUCCCCUGCUGCAGCAGCUGCAGCAGCAGCAGCAGCAGCAGCAGCCGCAACAGCAGCAGCGGCAACAGCAGCAACAGCAGCAGCAGCAGCAACAGCAGCAACAGCAGCAGCAGCAGCAGCAGCCGCAACAGCAGCAGCCUUCUCACAGUCACUGCUGUGUCCACAAGUGUGAGGGCUCCAUCAGUGACAUCAUCGUCCACUGGCCCCGCCCCAACCACAGGCUCUCAGCUCCCCGCUAGAGACGCACAAACAGUGGUCCCAGGCAAUGCUGUGUAUUCAAUAUUGGGGCUGUCUUUGAUUGUAAAUUUAAUAUUUGUUGCUAUACUUUGUCGAAGAAGAUCCAAUCAUGGCCUUUUGCAUCCAGAGCGUGUCCCAUCCACAGAGGAUAUUGCCUUAUCUCCACAAGAGCCCGCUGGGAAGACGGAGUCAUCUACAUUGUUCUUCUACAAGCAUUGA